UGUCUUACGAACCAAAGGGGGACCAAGAGUAUUAAAUGCCUUAGUUUUUAUCGAUGAUGCAGGUGCACAUAUCGUUGAGUGGUCCGAACCACAUGAGAAUAUCAUGGAUAACACUAGUUCGUACUCAAGCAACGGUGUACUACGGUACUUCUCCGGGGAAUUGCAAUCUUUCAGCAAAUGGGAAUUCAAAUAUCUAUCACUACCUAAGAUACGAUUCUGGAGUAAUACACGAUGCCGUCAUCGGCCCUUUAAAUCCAAACACGCUUUAUUACUAUCGUUGUGGCAAUGAGUCUUCUAAAGAGUUCAACUUCAAAACUCCGCCUCACACAUUUCCUAUCAAAUUCGCAGUCGUAGGUGAUCUUGGACAAACCAAGUAUACCAAUUCAACACUCGACCACAUUGCCAAAUCAAAUUACGACAUACUAAUAUUGCCCGGAGACUUAUCCUACGCCGAUAUGUACCAGAAAAAAUGGGACACGUUCGGGCGCUUCGUGGAGCCGCUAGCGAGCAAGCGGCCAUGGAUGGUAACGCAAGGCAACCACGAGAAGGAGAGAAUCAAGGGCGUUCAUCGUAGCAGAUUCACUGCUUACAAUGCAAGAUGGGUUAUGCCUUAUGAGGAGAGUGGCUCUACUUCAAACUUGUACUACUCCUUCGAAGUUGCAGGGGUCCAUGUCAUCAUGUUGGGCUCGUACGCUGAUUUCGAGCCCAAUUCGGACCAAUAUCGUUGGCUGCUGGCCGAUUUGAAAAAAGUGGAUCGGAGAAGAACGCCGUGGCUUAUUGGUGUUGUACAUGCACCGUGGUACAAUACCAAUGAAGCACAUCAGAGAGAAUACGAAGGUGAGGGAAUGAAGAAGGCGAUGGAAGAUGUGUUCUUUAAAGCUCGUGUUGAUGUGGUUUUCGCGGGUCAUGUACACUCAUACGAACGUUUUGUACGCACGUACAAGAAUGAAGCAAAUGAAUGUGGUCCGGCGUACAUCGUCACAGGAGCUGGAGGAAAUCGGGAAGGCCUUGCUCGAAGGUUUAUUUUACCACGGGCGAAAGUGUCGGCUUUUAGGGAGCCAAGAUUUGGGCAUGGACAGUUUUCAAUAUUAAACGCAAGCCAUGCGGUGUGGACAUGGCAUAGGAACGAAGAAAACGUUGCCAUUGCAUCUGAUAAAGUCUUGCUUAGAAGUCUUUCAUCUGUUCCGGCUUGCUACAAAUCGUGAGCAUCGAAAAAUCGAGAGUUUGCAAACAAUUUAUAGUGAAGGAGAUCAAUUAAAAUCAUUAAUAAAUAAUUUUAAUUAGCAUUCUUUUGUGAUGCUUAUUUUCCCAGAAAUAUAAAAUAAUAAAAAGAUGGGAACUUUGAUUUCAAAUAAGAUCAUCUGUUCUAAUGGUGUUUCAUUUCCAUUUAUAGUUAAUAAAAGAAUAUAACACGCUUAACUACGCGU